GCCGAGCCAUUCGCGUAUGCGGCGGCAGAGACGCAGCGUUGGCGGCCAGCCGCCCGCCGUAGCCCCGUCGUCGUCUCACAACCCCGCGACCAACCGCUCAAUGAACGUUGCUAUCAUUAGAAGGUCGGCGACGAUACGCUUCUGACGACGAUCGCAACACCCCCGCGACGACCCGAUCCGCCUCGCCACGUCUUCUGAACGCGCUUCCCUGAAGAGCUGUUGUUGAGAUGACGGACGAGGGCGCCGAUGAGGUGAAAGUGUUUCGGCGAACCGAUGCCGAAGAUCUGGAGACGAAUGCUCAGUCCAGUCAUCAAUUGGCCGAGGAUAAGAAGGAUGUCGUGCUCGAGACCGAACUCGAAACGAGACCCAAUGGCGAUCCGCUUAUAGGUUCAAAGACCGGUGCAUUUGUGAAGCCGAUUCCAUCACCGAGCUUCGCGAAUUUAGCGAAUCUGCAAAAUGCAGCCGCCUAUAGCCCCAGCUUUGGGUUGCCCUUCAUGAUGCCGUGGAUAAUGGGGCAACCCUAUGGAAUGGGCAUGCGAGGUCCAAUGUCGCCAUCAUUUGUCCCCUGUAUGAUGCCAGCAGCCUUAAGUCCACACAACAUGGAAAUGUAUCGACAAAUGAUGAUGAUGAACGGCCCAUGCAGUCCCUUAUACGGUAGCAUGGCAGCUGCUGCUGGUAUGAAGAUGGACGUCCCACUUGCGGCAAACAUGCGAUCGACGAAUCCGCUCAAUCAAAUGAACCAAAUGCGGUUACCAUUUGUUGGUUCGCCAAUCACAUCUAUGGCUAAUAAUAUGGCACAAGAUGGAUUGAGGCGAACAAGGGAUGGAAAGGUUAAGAAGGAGGAACAUAUCAAAAAACCGCUGAAUGCCUUUAUGUGGUUUAUGAAAGAAAACCGACCGAAGUUGAUGGAAGAACUAGGAUAUAAAGAGAAGCAAAGUGCUGAAUUGAACAAAGAAUUGGGCAAACGGUGGCAUGAUCUACCUAAAGAAGAACAACAGAAGUACUUCGAUAUGGCCCGAUUAGAUCGAGAACAGCACAAAGCGAAAUAUCCCGGCUGGUCAGCGCGCGAGAAUUACGCAGUGCACAAGCGUAAGAAGAAGCGACGUGAUAAGAGUGAAGAUGUGACCGAUAUGAAGAAAUGCCGUGCCCGUUUCGGAAUUGCGAACACCGAUCAAUGGUGCAAAUUUUGUAAACGAAAGAAGAAGUGCAUGUAUUCGACAUAUGAUCCCACGGAUACGAUGUCAGAGGAACAUGGUGAUCGAACAUCAUCAGGACCGUCACCAUUGACGUCUUCGUUAGGCCCGUCACCACUGGGUAACGUUGUCGAUCAUGAUGCGUCCGAUUCGGAAUCAGAAGUGGACGAAGAGGACCGCACGUUGGUUGACAUGGACAUCCAGGAGGCGGCCAUGCAACAGCAGGCCAUCACACGGGACAACGAAUUAGCGGCGUUUUGAAGCCCCUACCCCUCGUCUUAUAUGCACUUCGAUUAGAGCAUCAAUUUUCUUCGUUGCAAGUCUCACUCGGGUCAUCUUUUUUAUGUACUGCCCUCACCCAGCCCCGCUCUUUUGAAUUUUUUUUUUCGAUUAGAAGCGGCCAGAAUUAAGCUCAACUAUCUACUUAAGCACAUUCACAGUUUUUUCCUACACAUGUGGUUGAUCGGGUACUAGCUCUGUUGUUCUCUCCUCACAUUUAAGUCUAUCAUUGGGACAACGCCGCGCUCAAGUCGCGCACGGUUCCUGCGCGGCAAGCGCACGAUAUCGUGCGCAGCGUCGUGUUUUUCACCUCCCACACAGGGUCCCACAGCAAAUACACAGCCCUUCUUUCACUCAGUCGCUUCGAAAGCAUCUCAUUCGUUUUAUCAAUUGUAUUGUGAAGUUUUAUUUGCUGUAUAUCCCUAUACGGAGUUAAGUUUGCGUUUUAUGAAUCAUACAUUUCUUGCUUUGAUCAUAAUAUAUUUGGUGUUUUUUCUCUAUGUGUUGAUAGCUUAUAGAAAGAUAUCAGUUAGUGAUUUCUGUCUUAGCCUGCGCUAAACACACAGGUGCUCUCUAUAAGAUUUCGUAUUUCAUUCACCGACUCGCUCUUCAUUUUGUCAGAAACCGCCCCGCAAAAGAACCUCAAAUAUCUCCCGAAUAGGCUCACUUUCCCGUCUCCUCAUCGUUUCUGUGAAAAUAUUUUCGUCUGUUUUAUCAUCCCUCGCAAAAACGAAUUUUUAUAAACAAGCAAGUGUAUGUGCAAUGACUGAAUGAUGGGAAACUAAUGUGCGCACGAGUGUAAGCCUCUCUCUGUCUCUCUCUGUCGUUAUGUGUUAAGUUUAUUAUGUUUGAUUUUUGUUUUCUUGUAUGUGUACAUACAUGUCCCCUAGGACUUCCCUAUCUCUCUUGCGAUAUUCGUGUGGACCAAAUGUCGGUCUUAAAUGUGCUCUUAUUGAUUUUUCUUGAAAAUAAUAAAUAUUGAGAUACAA